CACACAGAAACCCUUUGUAUAAGAACAUCUUAUUAAAUAACAAUAGUACAGAAAUGUUAAAUAAGUUGAAAUACUCAAGGGCCUUCCUGCUCCCAUCUUUCCUUUAUCUCCAUGUUUGAUUUUCAUGUCGCAGCUUCCUUUUGCUCUGCUGGCUGCUCUGCCUUUGUAAAAAACAAAAAAACAAAAACAACAACAACAUGGCAGAUUGAACUGAUUGCUUAUGCUUUAGGGAUUUUUUUCAGUAAAUUUUAUAUCUAAUGUCCUUUUUUAUAAUGGUUAAAAAAAAUAUAUGCUGUGGUCAACGAGCUCACUUUUGGCGCCGAUUGACUUGUUCGCACUCCAGGCCAGUAGAGGGCGAACGGCUCCAAGCUGGUUUGCUAACUACCAAUCAAAGCAACAGGAGAAGAAGAGAACCCGGACGGUACAGUGGCGUCAUUUCAUUGUUCAUUCAUUGGUAUCGAGGCCUACGUCUCUUUAUAGGUGAGCUGGGGGUUUUGGUGUGAAGACGUGACACGACUCUUUAUGUGUGCGAUGUAAAACGAUACACAGAAUUCAUCAUGGUGAAAAUUUUUAUUGGCAACCUUGCCUGCAAUGCCACAGCAGAGGAGCUACGGGAACUCUUCGAGAAGUACGGCAAAGUCACAGAAUGUGACACUGUCAAAAACUACGGCUUUGUACACAUGAGCAACAUGAGCGAGGCAGAGGAGGCCAUCAAAAACCUCCACCAGCACCAGCUGCAUGGCUGGCGCAUGAAUGUGGAAAUGAGCAAAGGGAGGCCUAAGUCCACCACCAAACUGCAUGUCAGCAACCUCGGGGAAGAGGUCACUAGUGACGUUUUGAGGGCCAAGUUUGAAGAGUUUGGCCCAGUGGUGGAGUGUGACAUUGUUAAGGACUAUGCCUUUGUUCACAUGGAGCGAGUCGAGGAUGCAAUGGAAGCCAUCAGUAAGCUGGACAACACAGCCUACAAAGGCAAGCUGAUGAGCGUACAGCUAUCCACCAGUCGGCUUCGCACUGCCCCGGGAAUGGGAAAUCAUAUGGGCUGCUUUGUCUGCGGGAAACACGGCCACUGGUCGAAAGACUGUCCAGUCGCUCGGAACGGUAGCCACAGUGACAGCAUGAGAGGCCGCGGCGCCCGGGCCCCGCCACACGGUCUCCCAAGUUAUGGCAGCUACGGGAUGGCCUCACCUGCAGCAGCUGAUUACAUGGGUGGCUCUGCAUAUAGUCCGGCUAGUUACGUAGGUGGGUUGCCUCCACCUCUUCCCCACAGGCUUAGCGGCUACGCCUCUGAGCCGGGGGAUCGGUACGGCAGCAGAGCACCAGGCUCCUAUGCUGAUAGGUCACCAGCCUUUGAUCGUGACCAUCUCUAUAGCAGCGUCAACUAUUAUGAGAAGUACAGAGCUCAUCCUUUUGGCUCAAGCUAUUUUGAGGAUCGGCGCAUGUCCUACCUUCCCCCUCCCCCACCUUCCUCCAUCUCAAAGCUCUCAUCCAGUGUAGAUCCCUUUGAGCGUCAGGCCCUGCCUCCGCCUCAAGCGCCUGCCGCAUGCUACACAGGUGAGCACACCCCGACCAGACGAGCAGCUGUCCCAUCAGCUGGCUUUGCCUAUGAGCGAACGCAACUGUCGCCUGCCUCUGCCUCCAGGAGCUCAUACACAGCUGCACGACCCAAGGGUCAUUAUGCAUCACGUUAUGCGCCUUACUAAAGCCAGGUCUGUCUGUGAACUGCAAGACUUUUCCUUUGCCGUCACUUCAAGUGUGAUUCCUUCAGUCUGCGUUGAUGUACGGCAAAGAGACUCUGUUUGGAAAAUGGUGUCCGUAUCUUCUAGGCAUCUGAGAUGCCAGUGGCCUGCAGAUGACUCGUCCUUUUCAGCCAUGUUCCCCUAGCUUGUUUUCUGAAGGGGCGAUUAGCAAAUGUCACACUUUGACAUUUUUCUUACUCUGCAGGUUUUCAGCUCGGGUUUUAGCCAAGUCUUUCUUUCUUUACAUGUCUCUCAUCAUUUGUUGCAAAUUGUUCAAAUCGGCAAAUAAUAAUUUUUGGUCUUUCUUUGUCAUUUAGACAUAUUCUUGUUCAGUUAAUACAUGUUUUGUUUUUUGAGAUUGCAUGAAGCAUACCUCAUUCCACAUAAUGGCAUAGGUUACCUGUUGCACAGAAGAAUUGGAUUUUGCCCUUUCACACAUUUGAAAUGUGUGUCAGUAAAAGGAAUUUGGAUAAAGAGAAAAAAGUGUUACAAAUGAUCAUCAUUGCUGCAGCGGGCGGUAACUCUCAAUGUGUAUUUUAUCACAGGUAAAGCCAGUGUGGAAUCGAAUGGUGCAGCGUUUCCCUCUGUAGUGGAUUAAAAGGCUAAAGGCAGCAGCAGGGAAAUGGAUGUGUGUGCAGUCUAGCGUUCAGUUAGCAUUUACAGAGGGAUACUUUGAGUUUAAACCAAAGUUAAGCCUGGAGAUCAUAAACAUUCCAGCUUUUUUCUCAUUUAAAUGUGUCUGUGGGUUCUGCUAUUUGUUCGUUUUCUAAUAAUUGAGGUGUCUGCUGGGCUAAAAUUCUUCAACUAAGUGACACCAAAGUGAGACUGCUAGCUGAUAUGGAUUGUGCAACUGACAAACGGUUUUCUUCCUGAUGAUAGUGGUGCUGACUGCCUGUAGCCAACAACAGAAACGAGCCACGGUGUGUGAGAUCUCUAUUGUAUCCAUGUAACACUGAGUAGGAACAAGUCUGUGGGGGGACGGAGCAGAGCUGUAGAGUUGUGAGGCACGUCCUGUGUACUGUUGAAGGUGCCUUUCCUUGUUUUGCUUAUGAGUGGAUUUGAAGUUUGUAUUUUUCAUACUAGCUGAAAAAAUAUUAAUAUACCUUUUAAAAAAAAUCUGAAGUUAAUGAUUUUUAAUAAAGCCAAAAUUAUUUUGGUCAUGCU